AUGGCAGCGCAAACUCUUGACGAAAGGAUCAAUUCUCUUUCAAGCCUAGUCGACGAGCUCUCUCAAGACCAAGAAAAAUACGAGCCUUUAGUCACCCUUGUGGACAGUGUGCCGAAUCUUCUAAAACUCGACCAAAUCUUAAGCUCUUUUAAAAAGAAAUCACGCGACCUCAAAGAACAACUUAAAGCUAACAAAGCGCUCAUAAAAGCUACCAAGGACAACUUAAAUACUUAUGAAGACCGAGCAAAACGCGAACUAGAAAUGGCUACUAUCAAGCGUGACAAAGAAAACAGGAUUCUUGGGACCAGGCUUGGAAACGUCGAAAAUUCCUUUAAACAGCUGAGCAUUGAUAACCAAGUUGUGCUGAAAACCUUAGAAAUCCAAAUAAAAGAAGAAGUCUGUGGGGUUGUGCAGCAUGUAGAAGACGAGCUUACUGAGCAGCAAAAAGAUUUUAAAGCAAAGCUAGCAACCAAUCAAGAAGAAAUCAAAAAAUAUAAGGCAAGGCUACUAGAGACGUCAAAAAAAGCUGCUGAAGAGCUGAAACAGUAUGAAGAAGUCCAUGGGGCAAGGAUACAGAAAAUGCAAAAAGAAGGCAAAGGAAAUGACCCGAACCAGGCAAAAGGGAGAGAAAAUAUGAAAAAUUGGCUGGUCCAAGAGGUGACCACAAGGCUAGAAAACGCAGUCCAGCAGUGUCAUAUAAAAUAUGAGCAGCGCUUUAAAAGCUUGAAUUUAAAAUACAAUGAAGAACUAUUAAGCUUGAGGGCUGAAGUAGAACAAGUUAGAGACAGCAUUUUAAAUAAAGGAGUAAAGCCUGCAGAAAGGCCUGAAACCCAGCUAGAAUUUAAUAAUGAAAAUGCUAGGAGACUUAUUAACCAUGUUGCAGCAUUUUCUGCAUCGAGUUUGGACAAUUUGUUAGAAAUUGCUAUGACUAUUGCGGAAAAUAUUGAAGAAAUUGGAAAUUCUCAGUCAGAAGCAGAAGAAAUUUUGGCUUUUAAAGAAAAUAUCAAGGGGCUUAAAGAGAGCUUGGCAAACCUCGAAACAAGAAUUGAUGCUGACCUUUAUAAUAUCCAAGAAAGCUUAAGAAAAGCAGGAAUAUCCGCUAAGGAGUUCGCAAAGCCUAAUGAAAAAGUUAGAGAAGAAAUUGCGAAAACCCAAAGACUUAUGAAGGAAGGCGAUUUAAAUAAAGCAAAUAUAAAAAAUAAAGUCGGAAAAGUAGGUGAAGAAAUCUCAGAAAUUGAGAAAAGGAUGUUCACAUUAGCUAGACAAAAAGGAUUGAGCAUUAGAGAAGAAGAAAGUCCGCCUGCAGCAGUCCAACCUCAGAAUAAGCAAAAUAAAAAUGAAGAGGAAGAAGAUAGCGUAGACAUGGGAAGCAGUGAUGAAGAAUCUUCAGUAAAAAUAAGCUCAAGCGAAGACAUUUCCUCAGAAGAAGACCUAGAUUAA